UCGCCACACACCAUCCAUUCGCCACACCUUCAUCUAUGGCGUCCAAAGCUUCUUUGCUUCUCUCGUUCCUCCUACUCUUCUCCACCUGCCUCGCCCACCACCAGCAACAACAGCAGCAGCAGCUGCCGCAAAACCAGUGCCAGAUUGGAAGAAUCGAUGCUCUUGAGCCAUACGAUAGGAUCCAAGCCGAAGCUGGUGUCACUGAGUUCUGGAACGCCGAUGAGAAGCAGUUCCAGUGUGCCGGCGUUGAGUUUCUCCGACACGUGAUUCAACCUGGUGGACUUCUCUUGCCAUCCUACGUCAACGCCCCUCUCUUGUCCUUCAUCGAAAAAGGAAGGGGUGUUCACGGGGUUAUAUUGCCGGGAUGUCCAGAAACCUAUGAAUAUUCUCAGGAACAACAGUUUUCCGGUCAAAGCGAACGCAGAGGACAGAAGUUUCAAGGGUUACAAGAUCGCCACCAGAAAGUACGGAACUUGAACCAGGGAGAUGUUGUUGCCAUUCCCGCCGGAACAGCUCACUGGAUUUAUAACGACGGCGAGACAGAACUUGUUGCUGUAGUCUUCUUCGACACUCAGAACAGCGCUAACCAGCUUGAUCAAAACCACAGGAGAUUCUUCCUCGCCGGGAACCCUCAAGGUCAAAGCGAACAGCAACAAGGUCAGAGGCAACCACGCAGACAACAAGGUCAGACACAGCAGGAGCAGCCCUACCGCAAUGCUGGCAAUAUCUUCAACGGUUUCGAUGUGGAGUUCUUAGCAGAAGCAUUCAACGUCGACAGGGAGACUGCUGAGAAGCUUCAAGGACAAAGAGACCAAAGAGGUCACAUCGUUAACGUCGAACAAGAUCUUCAAAUCAUCAGGCCACCGCAGACCAGAGAACAGCAAGAACGAGAACAACAGGGCGGACGUCAAGGUGGACGGAGCAACGGUUUUGAAGAAACCAUUUGCAGCUUGAAGCUAAGCGAGAACAUCGAUAACCCCACCCACGCCGACUUCGUAAACCCACAAGCCGGCAGGAUUACAAACCUCAACAGCUUCAAAUUCCCCGUUCUCCGACAACUCCAACUCAGCGCGGAGAGAGGCGAACUCCACCCUAAUGCAAUUCAGGCACCACACUGGACAUUAAACGCCCACAGUCUUGUGUACAUCACCGACGGAUCCUUGAGGAUACAGAUCGUGAACAACGCAGGGGAGUCAGUUUUCGACGAUGAGCUCAGGGAAGGACAGGUGGUGGUGAUCCCACAAAACUUUGCAGUGAUCAAGAGAGCCGGUGAACAAGGAUCGAGGUGGAUUUCUUUCAAGACUAACGACAACGCUAUGAUAGCUAAUCUUGCUGGUCGUGUAUCGGCCAUCAGGAGCAUGCCGGUGGAUGUGGUGGCGAAUGCGUAUCAGUUGUCAAGAAACGACGCUCAGAAGCUGAAGUUCAGCCAGCAGGAGUCGCUUUUGCUUAGCCCCAGCUCUUAUUCUAGGAGCCAGGGGAGGGCUUCGGCUUAAGUGAAAGUCUCUGCACUGAGUUUAGGGUUUCAAGAAUUAAUAAAGGAGAUGUAACAAGAGUUGUAUAAUAGUGCAAGAGUAAUAAGACCUUAAAACCUUUCAAAUUUUGCUUA